AUGGCUGAUAAUGUGGAAACUGGAAAAAAGAGAAGCUCGUCUGUGCUCGAUGUAGAUCAAGACAAGAAUGCAGAAAACACCUCCAAAUUUGGUUCUCGACUCUUGAAGCAAGAUAAUGAUGUCUUUGCUCACAAUGCCUGGGAUCAUGUGGAUUGGGACCAAGAGCAAGAGGAUAUGGCUAAAGAAAAGGUAUCUGCUCAGAUGGAGAAUCCAGUGCCAGAAGAUGAGCAAGAGCAAUAUUACAAGGAACCAGCUGAAUACUGGAACAAAUUUUACGAAAAAAACGAAAACAAAUUCUUCAAGGAUCGCAACUGGUUAAAGAUUGAAUUCCCUGAGCUAUUUGAAACAAGUCAAGAGGAUGCUGGCAAGAAGCGAGUAUUUGAAAUUGGAUGUGGAGCAGGCAACACCAUGUUUCCCUUACUGGAUCAAAGCAAAAAUCCAGACCUGUUUGUCUAUGCAGCAGACUAUUCAUCAACAGCAGUGGAUGUGGUGCGAGGCAAUCGACAUUACGACCCCUCCAGGUCAUCUGCCUUUGUGUGGGAUCUAUCCAGUGCAGAGAUACCCAAGGAGAUUGAACCCGAAUCGUUGGAUAUGAUUGUGCUCAUCUUUGUGUUGUCUGCACUGGCACCAGAGCAGUGGGAUCAGGCCAUUAAGAACAUUUACAAAAUGCUAAAGCCUGGAGGAUUGGUCAUGUUUAGAGACUAUGGAAGAUACGACCUGGCUCAAUUACGGUUUAAAAAGAACAGACUAUUGAAGGAGAACUUUUACAUUCGUGGUGAUGGCACCAGAGUCUACUUUUUCACGCCAGAAGAAAUUGCUAAAAUGUUUGAAAAAUUCACUAUCGAGCAAAACGCUGUUGAUAGAAGACUCAUUGUGAAUCGACAGAGAAAGCUGAAAAUGUACAGAGUAUGGCUUCAGGGCAAAUUUAGAAAAUAA